AUGAUUCGACUGGAUGUCUUGGAUGCAGAGAGGAACAUCGUGAAAGCCAACGCGUUUCUCGACGAAGGUAGCGACAGCACCCUUUUCCGAGACGGAUUCAUUUCUAGACUACGAAUAAACGGUACUCCGCAAGCACUCACCGUAGAAGGCGCCGGUGGAGUUUUGAGAAAAUACACGUCACGUCGCAUUCAACUCGAGGCAAGAUUACCCGCUGGCGAUGUCGUCCUGCUCCAAGGAUCAACAAUGCCAAUUGUUGCAACUCCGGUAGCACUCGUCGAUUGGAACACCUUGAAGAAGCGGUGGAGCUACCUGACAGAUCUGCCAUUAGAGAUCAAUGGUGGGCGCGUUGACAUCCUCCUUGGUAUAGAUCAAGCGCAUUUGAUGACGGCUAUUGAAUCCCGAAUCGGACAGGCGGAUGAACCAACAGCCAUCUGGACCCGCCUGGGAUGGAUCGUCAGAGGAGUAAUCAAGAAUACCUACAAAAGCCUGAUGGCGAGGACGUACGCAGUUUUUGCCGACAUAGAAGGCAGUGACGCGCUAGCGCAGCAGAUGCGGCGCUUUUGCGAUACCGAAGAUUUUGGGACCGAACACAAAAUUGACUGUGUUUCCGAAAUCGAUAAACAAGCUAUCGAUGUUCUAGAAAGUGGAACGCGCAGAUUGACCAUUGGCUAUGAAGUUCCGAUCACUUGGAAGGUCGGGGAACCAGAUUUACCGAAUAACAGACCUUUAGCUGAGCGAAGAUUGACUACGUUGCUGAACAGAUUUAAGGAAGAUCCGGCAUUUGAGCAAGACUACCGAAGAGCCAUGGAAAGGAACUUUGAGAAGGGCUACGCAGUGAUGCUGGAGACCACCGAUUACGGCCCACCGGAAUACUAUCUUGCUCAUCACGGUGUGAGAAAGGGCCCCAGGUUACGCGUCGUAUUUGAUGCUGCCGCUCCAUUCAAGGGGAAAUGCUUGAACGACAGUAUCCUCAGCGGUCCAGCUCUUCAAACACCGCUAGUAUCUGUCAUCCUUAAAUUCCGCGAAGGUGGUAUCGCAUGGGCAGCCGACAUAGAAGCCAUGUUCAGCAGAAUACGACUGAGAAAAGAAGACGCGCGCUACUUUCGCUUCCUAUGGAAAAGGGACGGGGAGGAACAAGUCCGUGUUUGUGAAAUGAAGCGACUUCCAUUUGGUGCUACUUGCUCGCCGUUCAUUGCGAUUAGUACCAUUCGCAGAAUAGCUACUGACAUUAGCAGUGAUCCAAGAGUCAUCGACGCAAUCAACACGAAGAUGUAUGUAGAUGACUACCUCAGCUCCGCCACAUCACUAGAGGAAGCCAUUAAAGAAGCUGUAGGCGUUAAAGAAACACUGGCAAAGGGAGAUAUGCACCUCCAACGUUGGAUUUCUAAUUCUGCAAGUUUCCUGAAAAUAUUAGCAUCUACAAGCGUAGGCUCUAGUGGUGACCUGACCGAGCUCCCACUCAGCAGAGACGACUCCGAAAAGGUCCUCGGCGUUUACUAG